GUCGGCAUUAUUUUAAUUUAAAAUUUAUGAUUUUUAUUAUUUAAAAAUUAAUUUAAUUGAACGGUUAAGUAGUUGAUAUAGUAACAGCUGGGCCUUUGGGUCUUGCUAGAGCAACUCUUUGCCCUACACGUCUCGAUGGCGCUUGUUUCUCUCUCCUCUCUGUCCUCCUCGCCAUCUUCACAUCCUCCUCCACCUCCUUUUUGUCGGCUACUUCACCGGCGAAUCUCUUCACUUUCUUCCAGAAUCGGAGCUGCUUCUUCUUCUUUCGUUCCGGUUUCUUCAUCGAAUUCGAAUCCAAAAGUCGUCGUGACCAGAGAACGCGGCAAGAACCGCAAGCUCAUCAAUGCUCUGGAAAAACAUGGGAUACACUGUUUGGAGCUUCCCUUAAUUCAGCAUGCACAAGGGCCUGAUUCUGAUAGACUUGUCACCAUUUUAAGUGAAAUGGCAUUUGACUGGAUUGUCAUAACUUCUCCUGAAGCUGGUUCAGUAUUUUUAGAUGCAUGGAAGGCUGCUGGAACUCCAAAUGUCAGGAUAGGUGUGGUUGGAGCUGGUACUGCAAGUAUUUUUGAGGAUGUGAUGCAAUCGUCAGAGCCAUCACUUGAUAUUGCAUUUGCACCAUCAAAAGCAACUGGUAAAGUUUUGGCUUCAGAGCUUCCAAAGGAUGCUAAUAAAAGGUGCACUGUCUUAUAUCCUGCUUCAGUAAAAGCAAGUAAUGAGAUUGAAGAAGGCCUGUCUAGUCGUGGCUUUGAGGUUAUGAGGCUUAACACAUACACAACAGUACUUGUUCACCAUGUUGACCAAAUGGUCUUUCAAAAGGCACUCUCUGCCCCUGUUGUUGCAGUUGCUUCACCUUCUGCAGUUCAAGCAUGGGUCAAUCUUAUUUCAGAAGUAGAUCAGUGGAGAAAUUCAGUUGCCUGUAUUGGUGAGACAACUGCUUCGGUUGCCAAAAAAUUAGGCUUGAAAAACGUGUAUUACCCAACAAGACCUGGUUUGGAAGGGUAACCUGCAUUCCCUUAAAUUUUUUUUCGUAUGAUUUAUCAGUCACUAAACUUGUUUUCUGUGCCUAUGAAUGACAUGAACUUGCAUCUGAAUUUCGUGAGAAGUUAUUCUCUUUCAUGCUCAAGGAAGCUGCAGACAUGGUAUCUCUUAUAGCUUUUUCCCAGAAUUUAUAACUGAAGCUUUUGCUUUCUUGGCUAUUGAAAGGCUUGAACCAAUUAAAAUACAGCCAAGUCUAUGAAGUUGUUAUCAGACUCCACUACUAAAUUGCUUCAACAGCCAAGGCUAUGCAAAACCCUCUGCAAUCUUCUCAUUUCUCUCGUUGUUAACCUUUGCAAGCACAACUCCUCAUUGAGUUGGCAGUUCUUUUAUUGAAUACUGACUUAUUUGUUUUUUGUGGAGUGGCAGGUGGAUUGGUAGCAUCCUUGAAGCAUUAAGAGCACAUGACCGUAUUUAGGAGUUAAGAUAAUUGGGUAAUAAUUUUACUUUCCCCUUGCUAUCGGAGGAAGUUGUCCUAUUUUCUGAAAGAUUCAACGUCUUGUUCUUCUCAAGUUUCUUUGAGGCUUGGUCAGAGAUUGAAGCAGAUUUUGAAGACAGUAUGAUGGAUCUGAGGCAACACAAAGAUCAGAGAACUUUACCAAGUUCCAGGAUGGAAAUGUACCUGGAAUUUAACAAUUUUUGGCAGAAUCAUAUCCUGUUCACAGAACAUUUGUUUGAGGCUAAUCAAGAGGCUAUCAACAUGUCACUAGAACAGUGAGCUCUUCAACUUCAACUUGUAUGCCUUUUUAGUUCCUCCUCUAAGCUGAUUCAUUUGACUUAAAAUUGUUAUGCAACUUUCUUGGCAUUAAGAUCUGAUUGUCAAUAGAAGAUCCCUUUAGGAUUAAAGCGUUGGGAGAGUUUAACAAGUUGACUUGGGAGUACAUGGGUGA